AUGGCGGAAGCAGAAAGCUGCCUCGUCAGCAUGCAGCACAUUUUCCUCGCGCUGCUGCACUCCCCCACUUUCUACAGGACCCUCGUCAACAGCGGCUGCGACAUCGACCUCUUCAAAGAGUCAGCAGCAGCAGCAGCAGCAGCAGCAGCAGCAGCAGCAGCAGCAGCAGCAGCAGCAGCGGGUGUAGGAGGGCGGGGUAGUAGAUGCGCAGCUGCAGCAGCGGGUGCAGGAGGAGCAGGGGUAGUAGAUGCGCAGCUGCAGCAGCAGCAGGCGUAG